AUGUUGACAUCAGUUCUUUAGACCUGCUUUAAAAAAAAUCCAAUGAAAACGAAAAUGAAAGUCAAGCAAACACUGGCGUACAGAAAGUUCAUAGUUCAUGACACUAUGACUCAUGACUUGCUCUGAUGAGCCAAUUUUCGUGGAAGACUGCGGUUCCAUGAAGUAUUGCACAAGCUUGUGUCAGCAAUGUAUUUAUGCAUUAUACCGUCGAACUUGUCUCAUCGUAGAGGAUAAAAGUGGUCACUAAGACAGGUGGUUUUCUUGGACACGGUUGCAGUUAUUGUGAGAAAAAAAAAAACUAAAGCGGGAAGAGGUCGUUUGAAACUGUGUACUCUUGUACUGUGGUAUUAACUCUUUAGAGCAGGUUUGACUGUAUUCACAACAGGGAAGAUGGCAUCAAGGGGCACUUUGCGAUUCAUAGACAUUGGAGCUAACAUUGCAGAUCCUGUCUAUCAUGGCAGAUACCGUGGGAAGCAGGCCCAUGAAGAUGAUUUCUUGCAAGUUGUUAACAGAGCAAAGGAGUAUGGUGUUGAAAAGAUAAUGAUCACUGGUGGCACUCUUUCUGAGUCUCGGCAUGCAGUGGCAGAGACAAAAUUAGAUGACUGCUUGUAUUCUACCGUCGGAUGUCACCCCACACGUUCUGUAGAAUUUGAACAGAAGGCCCGAAGUCCUGAUGAUUAUCUGAGGCAGCUCAUUGAUUUAGCUAAAAAGAACAAAGACAAAGUUGUUGCUGUUGGAGAAAUGGGAUUAGAUUAUGACAGACUGCAGUUCAGUCCCAAGGCAACUCAAAUCAAGUAUUUUGAAAAGCAAAUGGAGCUGGUACAUGAGACAAAGCUACCUGUGUUCUUUCAUUGUCGGGUGGCUUAUGAAGACUUUGGAGCCAUCAUUUGUCGCCACCGUGAUAUCAUCCCAGGCGGUGUGGUCCACUCUUUCACUGGCACAAAGGAAGAAGCUGCUCGUAUGAUUGAUCUUGGGUUCUAUGUCGGCAUCAAUGGAUGCUCUAUGAAGACUCAAGACAACAUUGACGUCAUGUGUUCAAUACCAACUGAUAAACUCAUGAUAGAGACAGAUUGCCCCUACUGUGAAAUUCGGUCCACACAUGCAGGAUACAAGUCAAUAAAGACACAUUUUGAGUCGAAACGGAAAGAGAAGUUUGAUCCAAGAUACAUGGUCAAGUCAAGGAAUGAACCGUGCACCAUCAUUCAAGUGUUGGAGGUGAUGAGUGCAGCAAGAGACGAAGACCCACAGCAGCUGGCUGAUGCUAUGUACGACAACACCAUGAAACUGUUCUUCGGUGGCGAGGCUAAAAGCACGUCUUAACCUGCCUUUUUGCACUGGCUCUUGAAGUAUUUGUAAAAAGAAAUGCUGCUGCCAAUUUUUGGGGGAAUUAAUUAUGGGAUUGAAAUUUUUGUCUCUGAUUUAACUUUUUAAUUUUUUUUAACAUGCAUGAUUGUAGUACAUUAGGCCAUAUUCCUCGUUUAUGCUCUUCAUGAUGUGUCAAGUUCAAUUUUUACCUCUUUCGUUUAGGGCAAAGAGAAUGUCUGUAAUGGUUUAAAAUGUUUGACUUUGAGCUUUCAUUUUAUACUUAGAAAUUUUCAUUUGGUUUUUUAAAUUAUAAUUGAACAAAGGAGAAAGAUGGAGAUAAGUUCAACAUUUUUAAAAACAUAUCCUGGUAAUGAUUCCUUAAGUUAUGUUGCUGUAGAGUAAGUGACAUCUGUCAUGUAUAACUAUAACAAUACAUGACCACAUUUUCGUCAAUGUUCAGUUUAUCAAUAGCAUUUUUAACAGCAAGCUGGUUGGGUAAAAACAAUUUUAUGUGAUUAAUUAAUUGCCAAAAAGUAGGGCAUCUAAAUGACCACCUGACUCAAGUUUUAAGUUUCUUCCAAUAAAGUUUUUUUUAAAGAUUGAAAUAAAACAUCCCUGUAUGUAAAAUUAUGUGGCAGACGAUUUAAAAGGUGUUUGGACAAGAACAAAUCGAGUUACUGAAAAAAUUAUGUAUGAUAGUAUAGUCACCCCUGGCUUAUGUACACCACAGAGGCAAAGAGACCCAUUUUCAAAGCAAAUCCAUUGGUAAACACACAUUCUAAUUCUGGUUUCACUUGUAAAAACCUGGCUUCAACGAGAAUGCUGACAUAGAUAUAUAUAUAUAUAUAUAUAGCGAGAAAACUUUUAGAAAUAUAACAACAAUCACAUACAUGAGACAGAGACACAAAUAUUCAUCAGUGAGCAUUAUUAUAACUGUGUGAAACUUGUGAGCUCUUGAUCAUUGGUAGUUUGGGUGUAUACAUAUAUCUUACCUGACAAACAUGUCAUCUGAGAGUAUGCUGCAUCUUUGAUAUCAAACCAAUCACAUUGUUUAACAAAACUCGGCUUUAUGUGACACACUUUUAUGCUUUCCGUGUGAAUUAAGUGGCGUCAGUUGUGUAGUGGGAAAACUGCCAGACUGCCCGUAAGGUAAGGUCUGGGCUCGGAAUGGAUCCUGGUCCAGACUCAAGAUGUCCGUGGGUGGUUGGUGGGUGCUCUGGUGUGGUUUGCUCCUUCUUUCGUAUCAAAUAUAUCUAUCAUUAUCAUCCUUAUCUCUCCUUUUUAGGUAUGUUACUCUCUUGUAACCACAUCUAUUCUUUGACACUUAUGACCUUAUUGUGUUACAAGUGCUGUAAAACUCUUACUAAAACUAAACAAGAUGUCUAUGGAAAUUAGACUUUAUACUAAUUCUUUUCUUUUCACCUAAGUGGAAAUGCUUUUUGACAAAGACCAUAUGAUAAAAGGCCUUGUCACUGUUGUCAGAAUAGGCUUGUUUGGCAACAUCAAAUUGUAAAGUGCAUAGAGCCUACUUUUGAGUGAGCAUAAAAUAGUUGCAUAUUUAUACAAAUGCAUUUAAUUUAUGUGCUGUUUAUGCAGUCUUAUUAUCAUUUUUUUAUUUCAAUAUUUGCUAAAACCGUGGGAGCUCUUUUAAUAGUCACUUUGAAACCGUGAUAAAUAUCUACUUGGCAAGAUUUUUCUCCCGAUGGAAUGGUCAAUGAACGCUUUAAAAAAAAAAAAGGCAUUUUUACGUCCCAUCGACACAAUUUAGAUAAUUUAAGAGGCGGACAUCUGACCCUGCCUAUCAGUUUCAUAGCUUAACCAUACAGAGAGGGCCGGCAUCCCAGCAGAAAGACCGAGAUUAGAUAGUUGAUUAAAAAUGCUCCUCAUUCAGCUAUUGAACUCGGGGUACACCACAGACACCAGUAACGAACACUUGCUGGUGGAAUUGGGAAAGUAGGCUACAGCUUUCAGUCAGCAUUUCUAUUUAGUCUGUACUAUUUUGAAAAACAAUAGUUUUGUCGAGUUUGUCGUUAAUCCGUUAUGAAUGAACACUAAUAAGCUUUGUCACAAUAUUCAAUUGUUCUCAGUAGUCUCAGUGGAGGAAUAGAGCUCAGUUUUUAUCUGCAAGUCGUUAUGCAUUCAUGCAAAUGUCUAUCACAGUCAUUAAAAGUAUCACUGGAA